CACUAUGAUAUUUUAAUCUAUUCUCAAGUCUAACAAUGUGACAUAACCUUCAGAGCCCUUCAAUCGAAAAUUCCUUUUAAAAAUGUCAACUUUAUGUUGUCAACUGUUGAGAAACAACUUCAAGCGAUUAAUACGGCAUUCCCUGCCGGUUCGGCAUAAAAUAGGACAGGGAGCUUAUGAAGGAGAAGGGAAAACUACGGUGACGAUCUUAAAUAGAGAUAUCGAUUACGCAUUAAUGAUUGAUAAAAUUUCAAUGCAAGGAUUUGGAUUAAAUAUUGGUGUAAAUAUCCUAGGCCCAAUGAUAAUAUUCCCAAAGACCGUGAUUGGCUGGAAUAUUGAAACGGAAAACGACAUUCACGAGGAUUCCCUGAGUCUCUUUCGAGUUUUGGAUCCAAGGCCAGAUAUAUUAAUCUUAGGCCUAAACAAAAAUUAUCCUAGAGGGACCAAAUUCAUAGACGAUUUCAAGAGUAUUGCGAAAAAUCUUGAUAUCAAUCACGAGGUUUUGCCGGUCGAUAAAGCCUGUACGACAUUCAAUUUCUUGAAUGCUGAGAAGAGAUACGCUGUAGCUGCACUUCUACCCCCCAAUGAUAUUGAUGACAUUGACAUAGACAGUUUGAAUGAUCUGUCAAUGCGAAGAGUACUCUACGGACAUUGGGAGUCAGCGCCAGAUCCUAAAUUGGAAAAUCCCAAUAAAAUGGCAGACAUUCUCUUCCCCAGUGAAGCCGCGAAGAAAGAUGUCGAGGAUAUGCAGAAAGCUAGAAACGAAAGACGAGCUAAUAAGAAAAAUGAAAAACCUGAUGAUUUGUAAAUAAAUUCUGUAAUAUAAGUAAUAAUUGUUGUAUAUGAUUCUAAUGAUGUUACAUUAUCCAAGCAAAACAUAAUUCGUAAAAUGAC